UGAAUGAACGAAGUUAGUAUCUGUGCGGUUCUUGCGUGUGACGGACGCAAUGUAUAUUAUUGUGUUUAUAUUGUCUAUCAUUGUUUUUGCCUACGCGGAGCCGGGGAAGGCGCCGCUGGUGCAACUGAACGAUGGACGCACUAUGCCCACGAUCGCGUUGGGGACCUGGCUCGGGAACAGCACCACGGGUCGCAUCACCCCAGUCGGAUACGAGACCGAACAAGCCGUGCUCUGGGCCUUCGAAGCAGGCUACAGGCAUAUCGACACCGCCUGGUCGUACCAUGUGGAAGACCAGGUCGGCCGCGCAGUAAAGACCGUGGUGGACGCUUAUAACCUGCUGCAUGAGGUCACCACCACUCCCAAGGUGUGUGACGCCGGGUGCUACGUGAAUAGGUUCAAAAAGAACAUAGAGAGAUCAAGCAGCAGCAUGGUCCCUGCUCUGUCACGAGAGGAAAUAUUCGUCACCACCAAGCUCUGGAACGACGCGCAUGCGCGGUCAGCGGUGGUGCCCGCACUCAGAGCAUCUCUUGCGCAGCUCAAACUGAACUAUGUCGAUCUCUACCUCAUGCAUUGGCCAUUAGGACAGUUUGCAAAUGGAUCGUACGACUACACACACUACCUAGAAACCUGGCGAGGAAUGAUGGACGCGCAGGCACUCAACCUGACGCGGUCCAUCGGCGUCAGCAACUUCAACAAAGUCAUGCUGGAGAACGUCCGGGCGCACCAGCUGACGGAGCCUGCUGUGCUGCAGAUAGAGUGGAACAUCAACCUGCAGCAGCCCGGGCUGCUGGCCUACUGCCGCCAGCACAACAUCUCCGUGAUGGGCUACACGCCGUUCGGCGCCCUCAUGGACAAGCGGCGCGCCGACUCCCCCACGCACAUCGACGACCCGCAGCUGACCAAGAUGGCCGCCAAGUAUGGGAAGAAUGUGCAGCAGAUCUUGCUGCGAUACGCUGUCGAAAUGGGAGUAAUCCCGAUCCCAAAGUCCAUAACCAGCUCUCGAAUUUUCGAGAACAUCGAUAUUUUCGACUUCCAACUCGAAGAUAACGACAAACGAAUUCUGCGCAAGUUCGACCGCGGCUACAGAACCAUCCCCCAGCUCAAGUGGAGGGACCACCCCUUCUACCCGUUCGAGAAAAAGGCAGAUUACCCGACCACUAGUACGAGUACUGUGAGAACGGAUGCCAGCACGCAACAAGUGAUUUCUAAAGGGGAUUUGAACGAUAAAUCUGCUAAAAUGAAUUUUAGGGAUAUAAAGAUUUAAUACAUUAAAAAUUGAAUCAUUAUUGA